AAGGCUUACCAGACAGCGCUUCAGCUGGAUACAACGUCAACUCAGUGAAGCUGAUAGAUUCUAUGCUCAGAGUAACAUAUCAGAAAAAGCGAGCAUUUAUUUCUUGGAUUAUCUCUGCGUUUUGGGAGCUGACACUUCAGGAUGGCCGGGUUCUUCUGGAUGCUGGGUCUCACUCUUCUCGCUCAGGGCUUCCUGUGUAUCCUUGGAGACGUUGAAGUUGGCUGCAAGAAAUGGGUUCCAGACACACAGGUCAAAGGCAACAUUAAGUGUGUUGAAUGUCAUCCUGGGAAUCGGGUGGCCCAACAGUCUGGCACAAAUCCUCAAGAGCUUUGCACUCCGUGUGAACGUGGAACUUAUACACUUAAGUCUUUGGCUUUUGAAUGCGCAUCAUGCAUCCAGUGUAUUGGUGCUCUUGUCCAUUUGAAAGAUUGUACCCCCAAAAGUAACACACAGUGCGGGUGUAAAAAAGGUCUUCGCUGUGGAAACGCAGAAUGUUCCUUCUGCGUGGACGAGUGUGGAAAAGGACAGGAACCUACGAAAAAGCGUGACUGUGCGCCUUGUCCUAAAGGAACCUUUAAUGACCAAAUUCACCAGAAGUGUAAACCCUUCAGUACCAGGUGUCCAGAUCCAACUCAUAUUAUUGUAUUCAAAGGAAAUACAUCUUCUGACAUCCUAUGUGAAUUUCCACAACCUCCGACAACUCUACCCGUGACCAAUCCAGAGAAACCUGACGGGAACAAAGAACAUCCAUGGCCGAUGGAGUCAUUUGCGGCCAUUGGGGCCCUGAUGAUGUGCCUGGUCGUCUUUAUCGUCCUUGUGUCGGCGCUGAUCCAUUGCAAAGGCAAAAAGGAAAAGGCACAAAGAACUCCCUCAAAAACACCCAUCGUUAUUAGUAACCCUUCAGAUGAGCCAAGGACAUUGAUUGCUAUUGAAUGCAGUUUUCAUGAAGCCCAGCAGGAGCAGGGAAACAGCACAGAGUCACUCAUAUCUAAGGACUCGGAGCAGGAAUUUGUGUGAAUGCAAGCAAAGUGGCAUCUACAGCUGAGGAAAACGUUUUUAUCUUAACAAGAUGGGAUUCUUUGCCAAACUGAGCCAUAAGUUUGAAGGAUUUUGACCUAAAGAAGACGCAGAGCUGAAAUGACAGAACAACGAUGACAUCCCUCUGCUGGUUGUUUACUAUUUAUCCUUUGACUGUAAAUACAAUCACAAGAGGAAGGGGAAUUCUGAGAUGGGGGGGGGGGAAACCAAGUGGACUUUAACUGUGACUUUUUUUUAUGCAAAUAACAGCCGCCACUGUUCUUCCCCUACUGGAGGACAAAGCAGCUUUAGUUAAGUAUUUUAAAACACUGCACCCUACUUGACAUUUAAGUCUUAAAGAUUCUUCGUAAAGUGUAGGUAUAGUGACGCUGGUAACUGUUUAAGCUAUUACUUCUGUGGAAAAGAGUAUGUUGUGUAUAGGGCACGCUACAGUGUUGUUCAAUUUGAAAGUACAGUGCAAGUGGGCGUUCAGCUUUUAGUCAUUUGUCAUACCGAGCCCACGUACGCCUUCCUGGUGCAAAUGUUAGCCUUUACCUUUGUUCCAUUGAUCAACCUAGUUACCUACUGGUUUUUUUUAGUUGUUGUCUUUUCUGCUGUGUGUGUGGCGCGUAUUGUCUGGUUAUUAAUAGUGUAAGUACGUAAACGAGGCCAAGAGACAACAGCGCUGCUUUUGAUCAGCUGAAACCACAGAUUUACAUGCAUGCUAUAAAAAGACAAAACCAUUUCCGUCCCCACUGAUUGCCAGUGAAUCAGACAUUUCUUACUUUAGUUCAGUUAGUUACCAGCAGUAAAUAAUUGAGAAAAUUGUUAAUGCAUACACCAAGACUCCAGUGCUUUUAAACAACGUGGGCAAACCCAGUUGAUGACGACGUAGCUUUGUCAGCUUCUGAUAGGUUGAUUCAGAAUAUUUGACUUGAAUGGAUGUAUAUACCUGUGAGUGUAAACUUCAAACAGACUACUGUACUUACAAAAACAGGUUUUCGAGGAGGUCAGUGAUCCUAAGUAUACAUCUAAAUUAAUUUCGACCGACUCGGUUACACCUGUAGCUUAUGGAAGCAGAUCUUUUGACCAAAGUGAUGCAUCUUAGUGCAAUUCUACUAAAUAUGACUAAAUGUACUAAUAUGUACUAAAUGUACUAACUUGUUACAAAAUGUUAUGCCUUUUUUUAAGGAUUGUGUGCCUAUAUCUGGUUUCCGACUGUAAAACUUGUAGCUAUAUUUCACUUCCAAGUAGCACCGAGAGAUUUAACUUGGUUAAUUGUGAAUGUACUAAUGUAGCCAGUUGGCUGUAAAAGCUGCAGAACAACACAGCAUAAAACUUGAUGUUAACAAAAACUUCAUGGGCUUUCCAGCUGUUGCUUAAUUGCUAAUCAGAAAAAAGUCCAGAAGGGGUUUUCCCAUUUUGUCCUUAGGGGUUCAACCAGCAAUGAGUCUUCAGACUGGAUGAAUUUAACAACAACAAAAACUUAGGAUGAGCACAAGCAACUUGACUCAUGCCUCUUACACAACAGGCAUCACAAGUAACCUUUAAGGUCAUUCAUUAGUCAUGGCUCGAGUUCAUUUCAGUGUCAUAUCAAAGAGAUAAAAACUUGGCAGCUUUAACUUCAAUUAUAGAAAAACUCAAUGCUUCAGGGUCAAGUGGAAACCCCCACUGCCGUUUUGUUUCCUGUAAAACUCCUGCACUUGAACAAAGUAGGUGGCCGGGGAGAUAAGACCAACAGGAAGGGUUGCGUUUUUGUUUCUUUCUUCUUUCGUUUUUUUAAAAGCCGCAUUUCUGGCUCGAACUGUAGCAGGCGUUAUUUCUUAACAAGAUGGAACAAAGAAAUAUUGUGUGUGGGCUUCUGGUGGAAACAAAGUAAGCCCACAUCUAUUGUAAUUUAUCACACAAAUGUGUAGACUAUGAGUCACUGGUCUCAGGGGGCGACAGGCAAAAUUCACAAGCGUCGUCCUGAGAAGAGCCAAGACAUACGCUGAUUGUAGCACUUUAUUUGUUCUGUCAUCUGCUGCCUAAAGCGAAUGACAAACUCCUAAAGAUCUUUUCCACCGUUUAUUGAAGUCAGAAAAUGGAUUCAUUCUGUGUUGUAUUUAAAGUUUUACAUUGUACUUUUAUCACAUUUUUCAAACACCAAAUAAAUGAUAUAUAUAUUUUUUUAUUUGUUGUGCUUUUAUACAGAACAGCUGGAAAUAAAAACAGACUAUUCUCCAGCAAUAGGAGAAUUGCUGGAGAAUUCCUUAUAUAUGCAAGUGCAUAUAUAAGGAAAAAAAGAGGAGGAAGUAAAGCACAAAGAAGUCAUUUCAGAUCAAACAACAGGAACAAAAAAAAAAAAUCCCAAAGUUUUUAAUCAU